AUGGCCGACGCCCUCUUCACUGUGCCCAUCCCCGCCCUCGGUGACCACGUCGGUGGCUCCAUCGUCUGCACGUCGCCUGCGCCCCUCGUAUAUCUCCUCACCUGGUCCUCGCCUCCGGACAACCGCCUGACGACGCCCUUCUGCCGCGCCUUCCUCACGGCCCUCGACAUCAUUGAGUUUUCUCACCCUGUCGGUGUCGUCGUCACGACCUCUGCCAUCACCAAGUUCUACUCCAACGGCCUCGAUCUCGACCAUGCCUUCACCACGCCCGGCUUCUGGACAGACUCGCUCUACAAGCUCUACCACCGUUUGCUCACCUACCCCAUGCCCACCGUGUCCCUCAUCCCUGGCCACGCCUUUGCCGGCGGUUUCAUGACGGCCAUGCACCACGACUACCGCAUCAUGAACCCCAGCAAGGGCUUCCUCUGCAUGAACGAGCUCGAGUUUGGCGCCCCUCUGAAGCCCGCCAUGUCCUCCAUCUUCCGCCUCAAGUGCACCUCGCCGCGCAUCUACCAGGAGAUUGUUCUCGAAGCCAAGCGCUUCCCGGGCCCUGCCGCCCUCGAGGCCGGUCUCGUGGACGCCCUCGGCGGCCUCGACGAGGCCCUCAAGCUCAUCGCCGACCGCAAACUGACCCAGAGGGGCAAGUCUGGCGUCUACAGCGUGCUCAAGGCCGAGAUGUGGAAGGAGAGCGCCUAUCUGCUGCACCAGGAGAACUUUGAGACCACCGAGGCCAUCUGGAACCGGAGGGAGAAGCUCGAAGCCGAGAGGAUCGCGGCGGGGAAGAAGUUUGCUGCCGAGCGCAAGGCAGGCAAGGCCAAGCUGUAA